CUCUUGAGCAAAUAUAUAAACACUCUCCCCCACACAGUUUUUUUCUUUCACAAUAACAUGGAAGAAGCAAGUAACUGGCUGAUACCUACUUCAAUAUUUCUCCUCUUCUUCUUUCUUGUUUCUAAAUACAUUCUUCAAAUCCAUGGCAAACACAAAAACCUACCACCAAGUCCACCUUCUCUACCAAUGAUAGGUCACCUUCAUCUCAUAAAACAACCCUUACACCAAAGCUUUCACAACCUCACACAGAAAUAUGGCCACAUGCUCUUCCUCAAACUCGGCACACGAAAAGUCCUUGUUGUCUCUUCACCUUCCGCCAUUGAAGAAUGUUUCACAAAGAAUGAUAUCACUUUUGCAAACCGUCCCACCACACUUGCCGCCAAGCUUCUCAACUAUGGUAGUAGGACGAUAGGAUUUGCUUCCUACGGCGACCACUGGCGCAGCCUCCGCCGUCUAACAACCUUGGAGCUCUUCUCUACCAAUCGUCUUGCCAUGUUUGAAAGCAUUCGUGAGGAAGAGAUUCAGUUGUUGCUGAAGGAACUCUUUCAAGAGUGCAUCAAAGGUGGUCAAACUCAAAAGUUAAAGGUAGAACUGAGGCCAAAAUUUGUGGAAGUCUCUUUCAACAUGCUGCUGAGGAUGAUAUCUGGGAAAAGGUACUAUGGCAAGGAUAUUGAUGAGGAAGGUAAAGAGUUCCAAAUUCUGAUGAAGGAGUUCACGGCGCUUCAAGCUAGUUGCUUGAAUGACUUCAUUCCAAUACCGGAAUGGAUUGAUUUUCAAGGCAUGAAAAAGAAGAUGGUGAAUUUGAUGAAAAGGGUGGAUAGUUUUCUUCAGAAACUACUUGAUGAGAUCCAAAGGAAUAGGAGCAUCAGAAGUGAUAAUAAUAAUAAUGGGAAACUGAAUUUGAUUGAAGUCAUGUUGGACUUGCAAGAUAUGGAACCUGAACUCUACACGUAUGAAACAAUGAAAGGAAUCAUUCUGGUGAGAUAUUUAUUUCUUCUUCACCUUAUUAAGAGAUUGUUAUAAGGGUUUGGCUUUUUGCAUGCGCUAUAU